AUCACCGUAAUUCUCUGGCAACAUCCGCGCCACUACACAGUUCCAAACGUUGUUUCCCGCCAUUUCUCUAUUGCAUUCAAUCACUUCACAAACCCUAACCAAACCCAAAAUCCCUUCCUCCAUCUUCCCGAAUCUUAGUCCCAUCAAACAUCUCAAGAACACUACCAUGUUCUAUUCUCAAACCUUUUUGGCGCGAAAGGGUCCACUUUCCACCGUGUGGAUCGCCGCUCACCUCCAGCACCGCCUCAAGAAAUCGCACUACACCACCACCGACAUUCCCUCCACAGUUCUGCGCAUCAUGGACCCUGGUGUUCCUAUCGCGCUCAGAAUGUCUGGGCACCUUCUUCUUGGCGUGGUUCGGAUAUACUCCAAGAAAGUUGAGUAUCUUCACCAAGACUGCAAGGACGCGUUGACGGGUCUCCACAAGGCGUUUUCUUCUCUCCAGUUUGCUCAGACGGAGGAGGUGGGGCCAGCGCCGUUUCAAUCGGUGACUCUGCCGGGGACUUUCGACCUCGAUGCCCAGAACAUUGACUACCAAAUAGAUUACACAGGGACUGAGGAUCGGAACUCCAGGGAUUUGGAAGACAUCACGCUCCCAGAUCGAAUUCCUGUGACAACAGAUUAUUACGUGACUGUAUCUUUUGAUGAGGAUAUAGUAAUAGAUUCUUCUCAUACAGAAGUGCUGCAUGACACUGGCCCUAUUCCAAUGGAGGAGGACAUUGUUCCCCGGUCUCCAUCAUCAUUGAAAGGCGUGGGUGCUGCAGAUGAUGGUCCAAGCACCCAAAGAGAAUCAUCAACUAUCCAGCCGGAUCCUACCAUACAUAGUCCUCCACAAGCAACCACCCCGGUCGAUCCCAUUGAAGUUCGUCGGGGGUUGGGUCCUAGUCCUCCACAAGCAACCCAAGUCGAGGCACUUGAGGUUGGUCUUGAUGCCACCAAUGAUGAUCUCAACCUUGAAAAUCCUCCACUAUUUUCAAAUCUUGAGGACAAUGACGCUGAGCCAAACAGAGUUCAUGACUCUAUGAUUCAUGAUUUUGAUCCUGAAAGGAUGUCUGUACCAUCUCAGCUACGAUUUAAUCCUCCAACUCCACCUACGUCUCAAGGGGGCACCACCCCAGCUGUGCCAGUUCUUGUCGAUAAUACUCCCAAUUUUGUGCUUCCUGAAAGUCCUCCAAUACAGCAGCCACAAGGGAGAGGAAGAAAAAGAAAACAGUUGUUUGAUGAACACAUUGUGUUAAAGAAUAAAUUCAUGCGGAGUGCACUUAAUAAUCCACGUGAUAUAAUGAGGAAAAGAAGGGAAGCUCCUUCCUCUAGCUUGGGUAUAUGGAAAUUGAACAAUAGUCGGAGAAAAGAGAACAUGUUUUACCAGCCCUUGUUAACUGGAGUUGACAAGAAUCUUUUGGACAUAUGCACUGGUGAAUAUAUACGUUCAAAACCUCAUUUGGUCAUCUCUGAGGAAGAUCAUGCUGAUGUUGGAAUGGCUGAAACUCUUUCUCCAACCGACCAAGUCUCCGAAGAGCCAAUAGCUCCUACUAACCAGCCCCCUGCAGACUCUGUAGCUCCUACUAACCAACCCCAAGUGGAGCAAGUAGCUGCUACAAACCAAACCUCUGAAGAGCCAAUAGGUGCUACUAACCAAGUUACUGAAGAGACAAUAACUGCUACAUCGCCUGUUACUGCAUUUGAUACAGAAGUUGAACAUGCUCGAAAUGUUGCUGUCACUCCCCCUCCCACCUUCCAAGCACACAAUGUGGUUGAGGAUGACUACACGAGCCCUGGUAGAAGAGAUGACUUGACUAUGACUUCACUUCGUAACCUAUCAGUUACUUCUUUGGGAACAAAUAUUGCAUCUGAGAGAAUGCCGACACUAGAUUUAGCAGCAUCACCUAGUGCUUAUGGAUCAGAGACAAUGCAAUCUCCAUAUUCAGAUAUGCAUCACGUGAUCAAUUCUGCUGCAACAGAUGAGUUUUGGUUUCUGAAUCUGGGCAACAACACACCAGCCAGUUCACAAGGUACAAGUGGAAGUAACAUGACAUUGUCUGAAAGGACCAAGUAUACAGCUGAAUAUUUGAAAAGACUUAAUCCGAUCACCCCAAUUUUGGAGGACCCUGCAAUCACCCCUAUUUCGGAGGGCUCUACUGGAGAUCUCUCUGAUCUCAGCUUGAACAAGAUUUUAGAAGGGAAAACACGGCAUAUUGCUGCUCGUAUGUUCUUUGAAGUAUUGGUUUUACAGACUAAUAGACUUCUUGAUGUAAAACAAGAUGCACCUUAUGAUGAUAUCAGCUUGAAGUUGGCCACAACGCCUUCAAAUGUUCGAAGUUGAUGGCAGGUCAUUGUGUAUAUAGUUGGAUUUCUUGUCUAGAAUGGAAACGCAGUCGGUUAUGUAUAAUAGCAGACAUAAGGCGAAAUGGCCAGCUUGAGGAGAUGAUUUUUGUCACUAUGUAUAUCUGUAUCUGGUUAGUUUAUAUUAAACUGCAAUCAUUAACUUAUUUUUUUUUAAUUUUGCCCACCUUGUAAUUUAGGAUUGAAAUUGUCCACCUUGUAAUUUGGUCUGAAUUUUUGUCAACAAGCAUGGCAUUUAAA